GUAGCCCGCGCCCAGCAGAAGUUUGUGGAGCGCUUUCUCACCGGCUGGUCCGGGACGGACCUGGGCACCCAGCUCUUCGGUGGUCUCCCGGUUCUCCCGGGAUUCCUUCUCUGUGGUGACGGACGCGAAGGACGCUCGGUAAGGGAAACUGAGAGCUGGCUGAGCGAGAGCGGAGGAGGAGCGCCGGGGAGCCUGCUGGCUGACAGCGGCGCGGCUGGACGCGGACGGCGCUGGGCUCCGGCUCGCCCCGGAGCUUCGCCCACCUUCCCGCGGCCUGUGCGCGGGCGAUGCUGCGGCCCCGAGGCGCCGCGCGGCGAGUACGGAGGGCGCCCCCGAGAGCCUAGAGCUGCUUUCCGCACCCCCGGGGCAAGUGGGCAUGGAACAGUGAGAGCCUCUCGCUCGGCGAGGCUGCGAGCGGAGGCUCCCCAUGGCCGGGACGUACAGCUCCACACUGAAGACGCUGGAGGACUUGACCUUGGACUCCGGGUAUGGGGCUGGCGACUCCUGCCGCUCGCUCAGCCUCUCGUCUUCCAAGUCCAACUCGCAGGCGCUCAACUCUUCGGCGCAGCAGCACCGCGGGGCGGCCUGGUGGUGCUACUCCGGCUCCAUGAACAGCCGCCACAACAGCUGGGACACGGUGAACACGGUGCUGCCCGAGGAUCCCGAAGUGGCCGAUCUCUUCUCGCGCUGUCCGCGGCUCCCUGAGCUGGAGGAGUUCCCCUGGACGGAGGGAGACGUGGCCCGGGUGCUCCGCAAAACCGUCGGCGGCAGGAGGCUGCCAGCUUUCUCAGCCGAGGCGGUGAGGCGUUUGGCCGGGUUGCUCCGCCGGGCGCUCAUCCGUGUGGCCCGGGAGGCGCAGCGCCUGAGCGUGCUGCACGCCAAGUGUACCCGCUUCGAAGUGCAGAGCGCGGUGCGCCUGGUGCACAGCUGGGCGCUGGCGGAGAGCUGCGCACUGGCGGCCGUCAAGGCGUUGUCCCUCUAUAGCAUGAGCGCUGGCGAUGGGCUGCGCCGCGGCAAGUCGGCACGCUGCGGCCUCACUUUCUCGGUGGGCCGCUUCUUCCGUUGGAUGGUGGACACUCGCAUCUCCGUGCGCAUCCAUGAGUACGCGGCCAUCUCGCUCACCGCCUGCAUGGAGAACCUGGUGGAGGAGAUCCGGGCCAGGGUGCUGGCGAGCCAGAGCCUGGAUGGCGGAGGCGGAGGAGGAGGAGGAGGAGGCGGAGAGGUAUGCGCCGAGGCCUUGGAGAUGGUCAUCAACAACGACGCCGAGCUCUGGGGAGUUCUGCAACCCUAUGAGCAUCUCAUCUGCGGCAAGAACGCCAAUGGUGUUCUCUCCCUCCCUGCCUACUUCAGUCCCUACAACGGUGGGUCCCUGGGCCAUGAUGAGCGAGCUGAUGCCUAUGCUCAGCUGGAACUUCGGACACUGGAGCAGUCUCUCCUGGCCACUUGUGUGGGCAGCAUCUCAGAGCUGAGCGAUCUGGUCUCUCGAGCCAUGCACCACAUGCAGGGGCGUCACCCGCUGUGCCCAGGCACCAGCCCCGCUCGCCAGGCUCGCCAGCCACCGCAGCCCAUCACGUGGUCCCCUGACGCUCUCCAUACACUCUACUACUUCCUGAGGUGUCCACAGAUGGAGUCCAUGGAGAACCCCAACCUGGAUCCCCCAAGAAUGACCCUGAACAAUGAACGGCCCUUCAUGCUGCUGCCACCACUGAUGGAAUGGAUGCGCGUAGCAAUCACCUACGCAGAACACCGCCGCAGCCUCACCGUGGACAGUGGUGAUAUCCGGCAGGCAGCCCGGCUGCUGCUGCCAGGCCUGGACUGUGAGCCCCGCCAGCUCAAACCCGAGUGCUGCUUCAGUUCCUUCCGGAGGCUGGAUGCUCGAGCUGCUACUGAGCGGUUCAACCAGGACCUGGGUUUCCGCAUGCUCAACUGUGGGAGAACAGACCUCAUCAGCCAGGCCAUCGAGGCCCUGGGCCCAGACGGGGUGAACACAAUGGAUGACCAGGGUAUGACGCCGCUAAUGUAUGCCUGCGCUGCUGGGGAUGAAGCCAUGGUCCAGAUGUUGAUUGAUGCUGGAGCAAACUUAGACAUCCAGGUUCCAAGCAACUCUCCUAGGCAUCCUUCCAUCCACCCGGACAGCAGACACUGGACCUCACUGACAUUUGCGGUGCUGCAUGGGCACAUCUCUGUAGUGCAGCUGCUGCUAGAUGCUGGUGCUCACGUCGAGGGCUCAGCAGUCAACAGUGGGGAAGACAGCUAUGCCGAGACACCCCUGCAGCUGGCCUCUGCAGCUGGGAACUAUGAGCUGGUCAGCUUGCUACUGAGCCGGGGUGCUGACCCCCUGCUCAGCAUGCUGGAAGCCAAUGGCAUGGCCUCUUCCCUCCAUGAGGAUAUGAACUGCUUCAGCCACUCAGCUGCCCAUGGCCACAGGAAUGUCCUGAGGAAGCUCCUGACUCAGCCACAGCAGGCUAAAGCAGAUGUGCUGUCCCUAGAAGAAAUCCUAGCUGAGGGUGUGGAGGAGAGCGACACAUCGAGCCAGGGCAGCAGCAGCGAGGGGCCUGUGAGGCUCAGCCGAACCCGCACAAAGGCCCUGCAGGAAGCCAUGUACUACAGUGCCGAGCAUGGCUACGUGGACAUAACCAUGGAGCUGAGGGCACUGGGUGUGCCCUGGAAGCUGCACAUCUGGAUAGAGUCCCUGCGGACCUCCUUCUCACAGUCCCGGUCCUCAGUGGUACAGGGCCUCCUGAGGGAUUUCAGCUCCAUCAAGGAGGAAGAGUACAACGAGGAGCUGGUCACGGAAGGCUUGCAGCUCAUGUUUGACAUCCUCAAGACCAGCAAAAACGACUCCGUCCUCCAACAGCUGGCCACCAUCUUCAUGCACUGCUAUGGCACCAGCCCCAUCCCUAGCAUCCCAGAGAUCCGGAAGACCCUGCCAGCCAGGCUAGAUCCUCACUUUCUGAACAACAAGGAGAUGUCAGAUGUCACCUUCCUAGUGGAAGGAAAGCUGUUUUAUGCACACAAAGUCCUUUUGGUGACAGCAUCUAACAGGUUCAAGACCUUAAUGACCAAUAAAUCAGAGCAAGGUGGGGACAGCAGCAAAACCAUUGAGAUCAGCGACAUCAAGUACCACAUCUUUCAGAUGCUGAUGCAGUACCUAUACUAUGGAGGGACAGAGUCCAUGGAGAUCCCCACUGCUGACGUCCUGCAGCUGCUGUCAGCUGCCAACCUGUUCCAGCUGGACGCCUUGCAGAGACACUGUGAGAUCCUGUGCUCCCAGAACCUUAGCGUGGAGAGUGCUGUCAACACCUACAAAUAUGCCAAGAUCCACAAUGCCCCAGAGCUGGCCCUGUUCUGCGAGGGCUUCUUCCUCAAGCACAUGAAGGCCCUGCUGGAGCAGGAUGCCUUCCGGCAGCUCAUCUAUGGCCGAAGCAGCAAAGUCCAGGGCCUGGACCCACUGCAGGACCUGCAGAGCACCCUGGCUGAGCGAGUGCAUUCUGUCUAUGUCACCUCCCGGGUGUGAGGUGGGAUGGAAGGGUGACAGCCAUCUGUGGGUGUGCAAAGGUCUGCUAAGACCAGAAAUAGCCACCAGUGACAACCCCGCCCCCCUCAGUGGAGGGAGGCUUGUAGGGCCUUUGGAGCUAGGCUCAUGGGGGU